AUGGAAGCGGACGAGGCCCAGCCUGCACCCAGGUCGAUGCAGAAAGAGGAGUACGCUGGCAUCGCAAGAGAAAUUAGGCACGAGACCAACGAUGUUCGCAUCUCUGAAAGGCGCAUUCUUUUAAAAUGCGACCUGAAUUUGUUGCCGAUGCUGUGUCUGCUGUUCAUGUGUACGAUUCUUGACAGAGUCAAUAUCGCAAAUGCUCGGAUACAAGGCCUGGAGAAGGAUCUCCAUAUGCAUGGCCACGACUUCAAUAUCGUCCUGUUCGUCUUCUUCAUCUUGUACAUCCUGCUGGAAGUUCCCGCGAACAUCUUGAUCAAGAAAGUUCGACCGUCGCUUUUCCUGAGCCUCUCGACCUUUCUCUUCGGCGUGGUGACCAUGUGUCAAGGAUUGACAAGAUCUUAUUCUGGCCUCGUUGUCUGCAGAGUACUCCUGGGUGGCCUUGAAGCGGGCAUCUAUCCGGGAUCGAUCUACUUGAUGACAAUGUUUUAUAAGAGGCACGAGUUUCAGUGGAGGAUGAACAUCUUUUACGGCUCUUCCCUCAUCACGGGAGCUUUCAGUGGUCUCCUAGCCUACGGGAUUGCCAAAAUGAACGGGAUCUCGGGCUACGGCGGCUGGAGAUGGAUUUUGAUCAUCGAAGGGUUAAUCACCAUUGCGGUGGCGAUCCCGGCGUACUGGGUCCUCCCCGACUGGCCAGAGACGGCAAAGUUCCUCACCGAAGAUGAACGACAAUUCUGGGGGGAGAGACUGGCAUCGGACACCAAACACAUUGAGAUGAAUAUUUUGAAUAAGCAGGCGGUAAAGCGUUGCUUCGGCGACCUCAAGAUCUGGAUCGCCAGUUUCACGUACCUCUGCAUACUUACGACCAGCUAUGGACUUGCUUAUUUCCUGCCCACGAUACUCUUCGAGUUGGGCUGGACCUCGACAAGAGCCCAGGUGAUGACGAUCCCCCUCUAUAUCUUUGGGACAGUGGUAUGUUUGACUUGUGCUUUCCUCUCCGACUACCUCAAGCACCGAUUCCUGUUCAUCUUCGCCGGAUGCAUCCUCGCCAUCAUCGCGUAUGCCAUCUUAUUGUCAUACUUUUCGGUUUCAGUUGCAGUCCGCUAUUUUGCCCUCUACCUCCUCGAAAGCGGCAUAGUCGUGGCACAGCCGGGGAUUGUAGGAUGGCUGAGCAACAAUCUCGGCGGCCACUACAAGCGCGGGGUGGGCAUUGCGAUGCAACUGGCCAUUGGAAAUAUUGGUGGCAUUGUCGGAAGCAACAUAUAUCUUCAGUCGCAAGCUCCGACAUAUCCCGUUGGCUUCGGAGUAGGCGUGGGGCUUCUUUCGGGUGGUGCAUUGGCUUCGUGCUUUCUCUUAUGGUACCUCAUGAGAGAGAACAGGCUCCGGGACAAGGGCGCGAGGGAUUACCGGUACAAUUUGCCCGAGUCCGAGCUCAACAAUCUGGGUGACGAUCAUCCUGCCUUCAGGUUCUCCUAUUGA